UCUCCCAUUGGAGGCGAGGGGGGACGGCCGGGAGAGGCCUCGCUGUGAGGCGUCGAGGCCGGCCGCCUUUCCCUCUGAGGGAAGGGGCUUGCCGCCCCCCUGGGAUCCGCGGCCUGGGGGUCGCAGGACGCCCGGCCUUCUCCGCCUGGCCACACCACCACGAUGCGUUUCACAGAUGUGGAUGAGUGCGUGGAGGGCACCGACAACUGCCACAUCGAUGCCAUCUGCCAGAACACCCCCAAGUCCUACAAGUGCAUCUGCAAGUCCGGCUACACAGGCGAUGGGAAGCACUGCAAAGAUGUCGACGAGUGCGAGCGAGAAGACAAUGCAGGCUGCGUCCACGAGUGCGUGAACAUCCCCGGCAACUAUCGCUGUACCUGCUACGAUGGCUUCCGCCUGGCACACGACGGCCACAACUGCCUGGACCUGGAUGAGUGCUCAGAGGGCAACGGUGGCUGCCAGCAGACCUGUGUCAACAUGAUGGGCAGCUACGAGUGCUUCUGUCGGGAGGGCUUCUUCCUCAGUGACAACCAGCACACCUGCAUCCAGCGCCCUGAAGAAGGAAUGAACUGCAUGAACAAAAACCACGGCUGUGCCCACAUCUGCCGGGAGACCCCCAAGGGGGGCAUCGCCUGCGAGUGCCGCCCUGGCUUCGAGCUCACCAAGAACCAGCGCGACUGCAAACUGACCUGCAACUACGGGAAUGGGGGCUGCCAGCAUACUUGCGACGACACCGACCAGGGGCCCAAGUGUGGCUGCCACGUCAAGUUUUUGCUGCACUCUGACGGGGUGACAUGCAUAGGGGAGAGACACUUCCAGCAACACGUUAUCCUUGAGACGUUUUCUAAUGAGACAUGUGCUGUGAACAACGGGGGCUGUGACAGCAAGUGUCAUGACGCGGCCACAGGUGUGCACUGCAGCUGCCCCAUGGGCUUCAUGCUCCAGCCCGACAGGAAGACUUGCAAAGACAUCGACGAGUGCCGGCUCAACAACGGCGGCUGCGACCACAUCUGCAGGAACACGGUGGGCAGCUUCGAGUGCAGCUGCAAGAAGGGCUACAAGCUGCUUAUCAACGAGAGGAACUGCCAAGACAUCGACGAGUGCUCCUUCGACCGGACCUGCGACCACCUCUGCAUCAACACCCCCGGCAGCUUCCAGUGCCUCUGCAACAAGGGCUACACACUGUACGGGCUCACCCACUGCGGAGACAUUGACGAAUGCAGCAUCAACCGGGGGGGCUGCAAAUUCGGCUGCAUCAACACACCCGGCAGCUACCAGUGUACCUGUCCCGCCGGCUGCAAGCUGCACUGGAACAAAAAGGACUGUAUAGCCGGCGCAUGUCCCUCAGAGCUGGUGAAAUGCCUGCCAGGUUCGGUGCCACCACGAGCCACCCUCACCUGCAACAAGACGGGCAAGAAGGACAGCUGUGCCCUCACGUGCGCCUCCAAGGCUCGCUUUCUGCCAGAGUCCGACAGCAGCUACACGGUGAGCUGUGGGACCCCCGUCCUGCGGCAGGGUGGCCAGCAGAGACCUGCCAACAGCAGCCAGCAGUGCCUCGAGACUGUCGCUGCACCAAUCAAGCAAAAGGCUUCCUUCAAGAUCAAGGAUGCCAAGUGCCACCUGCACCCACGGGCCAAGGGCAAGCAGGACGAGGCCGGCAAGGCUGGGGCACAAGGCGGUUCGGCACCUUGCUCCGACUGCCAGGUGGCUUUCGUCAACCUCAAAUGUGACUCAUCCAAGAAGGGGAAGGGCCGCCGGGCUCGCAACUCCUCCAACAAGGAGGUGACGCGCAUCACGCUGGAGUUCGAGGCGGAGAUCAAGCCAGAGGAGAUCACAGCCAGCUGCAACCUGCACUGCCUGCGACAGAGAGUGGAGAAGAAGCUGAAGUCGGCCAUCAAAGCCCUGAAGAAGUCCAUCAACCAGGAGCGGUUCCUGCUGCGCUUCGCGGGGAUGGAGUACGAGGUGGCGAGGAAGCUGAGCGUGGCCCUGGAGCGGCAGGAGAGCUGCGGGCCGGGCCAGCAGCGCCUGGGCGCCAAGUGUGUUAGCUGCUCGCAGGGAACGUAUUACCACGGCCAGACGGAGCAGUGUGUCCCCUGCCCCCCCGGCACCUACCAGGAGAAGGAAGGGCAGCUCUCCUGCGACCUGUGUCCCCGCGGUGAUGCUUUUGGACCGGUGGGAGCCACCAACAUCACCGGCUGCACGGGUCAGUGCCCCCCCGGCCAGCACUCAGCCGAUGGCUUCAAGCCCUGCCAGCCGUGUCCCCGUGGGUCCUACCAGCCCGAGGUGGGGCGGGCGCUCUGCUUCCCCUGCGGCGGGGGGCUGACCACCCGCCACGAGGGAGCCCUCUCCUUCCAGGACUGCGACACCAAAGUCCAGUGCUCACCCGGGCACUACUACAACACGAGCGUCCACCGCUGCAUCCGCUGCGCCGUCGGCACCUACCAGCCCGAUUUUCGGCAGAAUUACUGCAUCGCCUGCCCUGGCAACACCACCACCGACUUCGAUGGCUCCACCUCUGUGUCCCAGUGCAAAAACCGGCAAUGCGGGGGGGAGCUGGGCGAGUACACAGGCUACAUCGAGUCCCCCAACUACCCGGGGAAUUACCCCGCCAACGUUGAGUGCACCUGGAACAUCAACCCGCCGCCCAAGCGCAAGAUCCUCAUCGUGGUGCCGGAAAUCUUCCUCCCCUCCGAGGAUGAGUGCGGCGACGUCUUGGUCAUGCGGAAAAACUCCUCCCCGUCCUCCAUCACCACCUACGAGACGUGCCAGACCUACGAGAGGCCCAUCGCCUUCACCGCCCGCUCUCGGAAACUGUGGAUCAACUUCAAAACCAGCGAAGCCAACAGCGCCCGGGGCUUCCAGAUCCCUUACGUCACCUACGACGAGGACUAUGAGCAGCUGGUGGAGGACAUCGUGCGGGACGGCAGGCUCUACGCCUCCGAAAACCACCAGGAGAUCCUCAAGGACAAGAAGCUCAUCAAAGCUUUCUUCGACGUGCUGGCGCACCCCCAGAACUACUUCAAGUACACGGAGAAACACAAGGAGAUGCUGCCCCGCUCCUUCAUCAAGCUCCUCCGCUCCAAAGUCUCCAGCUUCCUCCGGCCUUACAAAUAGCCCCCCGCACCCCCACCGCCAAGGAAACCCUCUUCUCCCUUCCUUCUCCUUUCCAAUUUUCUCCUUCCUCCGCUCGGCUCCAGCAGGACCACCGCCUCUCACCCUGCAGAAUGUCCCCCCACGAUUUCUCCGCUGCUCCCUGCAGAGCCAAGCCCCCAUCCCGGGGGGGAUGCUCCGGUCUCAUCCAGCUGCCGGCGAAGCCACUCCUCUCUUCCAAAGCAGCUUCUUCAUUUUAGGAAACCAAAGCACCGGUCCUUUCGCCGUCCUCUGUCCUCCCUUUGGAUUCCUUUACGCCAGGUCUGGCCCCGUUCUACCGGCAGCCCGGGACGUCGGGGGGGUCACCGUCCUUCCAGCCCCCACAGCUGGCGCCAGCUGCAGCCCCACCGAGCCCUUUCGCCGAGGAGUGCAGGAAGGUAACGCCGCAUUUAUCGCAGCGCCUGGGUCGUGGGUAUCGGCAUCAGAGAUCGGGGGAAAAGAUUGUUCAAAAGCCUACUUGAUUCAAAAGCAAAUUUAAAGGAGAGAUCGGCAAAGCACGCCAGCAAACAGCAACCGUGGUGGCUCCAGUGGCCGUCCCGCUGGAGAGCCGCGCUGGCGCUGGGAGGAAAGCACAGCCAAGCCACAUUCCCGGAGAACAAUGUCUGGCUGCACGGGAGAAAACAGGGAGCAAAGGAGAAGGACUUUCAGCCGGGUUCAUUUUUAUUUUUUUUCUCCCCCCCCCCCCCCUCCAGACACUUGUGCCAAGAAACCAGACUUUCUUACAAGCUCUGCCAAAGAGUAACUCAGAAAAGCAAGCUUUGUGAAGAGCAGGAGUAAAUGUUUGUGCACUAGGAUAUCCUCCUUUCUACCUUUUCAUAUGUAUUAAGUGCAAUCAUUUGAGUCUUCUUUAUAUUAUUUAGAGGGAAGUUUUUUUGGUUUUUUGUUUGUUUUGUUUUUUUUCUACUAGAAACGACAAUAUUUAUACCUGCCUGAGAAAUGAGAAUGUGCGUCUGUAACAAAAACCCCCACCCACCCAAAGUGACCCCAGCCCUGGGCUGCCGCUGACUGGCGGGAUGGCGUUUUCAGGCCUUGCAACCUUUUCUGCUGCAUUUGUCCCCGAUAAAACCCCCUGUUUGGGGAGGGAGACGGUGCCUCUCCAGCUCGGCAUGUGAUGGAUGGGGUUGUUUUGCGGGGGGUCUGAGCAUCCCGGUGUGCCGGCGGAGGAGCUGGAACCGCCGGAGUGGCUGCGUGCUGUCGGGAUGCCCUGUUUGUGGGUGCAAACCUCGGCCCUGUCACCUGCUUGUCACAAACUGUUUUGCUUCCCUGCAGGGGCUCAGGGACAAGCUGAGACCUGAGGGAGACGGGGGGCAGGUCCUGAGGCAGGGUCCCGGGGGGCAGCCUGGGAGGAGAUGGGACCUGCCCCUCCGCUCAGCCCCAAACUCUCUCCCCCAGGCGUGGAGAGCCCUGGGGGGGCAGCCAUCCCCCCUCAGCUCUUCCCUGUCCCUUUGGCUCCCUCCCUCCACGCAUGCCCAUCCUGCUGGGGUGCUGCCGGAGCCCCUCCCCGGGGAGUGGGAUGCGGAUCCUGGGGGACCCCGUCCUGCCACUGCCCCUUCACUGCCACCUGCCCUUCCCAGCUUCCCAGGCAGGCAUGGCUGGGGACAGUGGCCAGGUCGAUGUCACCGACGGGUUUGUCCCCCAGCAUCUUCACUUGGCUGGACAGGACCCCUGGGGACAGGCGACUGCUGCCCACCGGUCAUCCCUCUUCCUCCUCCCUUUCCAGCCCCGCCACCAGCUCUCGGCUGUCACCUCCCCAUGCUUCAUCCCCAUCUUCAUCCUCCCAAAGAGCCAGGGCUAAAUGUGGUCGCCUUGCCUACGGCUUUCCUCUUGGCAGGUCCCCUCCCAUCCCUGUCACCGCUCGACCUUCACUGUCCCUUUGACCACAUCUGGGCCGAGCCUUGCUCUUAACGAACCAAUAAUUUAUUGCUCUGCACGUCCCACCAGGUCUGUCCUUGCUGAAACCAGGAGGCAGCUGCCGGUGCCCGCGUUUUCCCUCCGUCCGUGCUGCUCCAGCGCCCCGGCAGCUGGUGCUGGGCUCCGUGAGGGGCUGCGGGCUGGGUGAGCGCUGGCACAGGGGGCUGAGGUUUGUCCCCAAGAUGCGUCGGUUGGAAAAGUCUGUCCUGAUUCAUCCCAGCUGUGGAUUUACCCCUCCUGCUGCCCGGCUCCCAGCCUGUUUGGAAGCUCGACAUCUGCGGGCUGAGCUGUUUGUCACUUGGUUGGUGUCUGAAAGCAGCUGCUUUGAUGCACAAAAGCUGUUGUAGGGAUUUGGGGGGGGGGAGUUUAUUGCUCUGGGGCAGUCGCAGCAGAGCAGUGACCGUUGAAAGGGUCUUUCAUAUUUAGAAGGAAAAAAAAAAAAAAACAACCAACCAACCAACCAACAACCAAACAACAGCGAAAAUAAAAACAACCCAGGAAUGACUAACCCCGCUGCGGCGGCCCCGGCGCGAUGCAGCCACUCGUGCUCUGAGUUUAUUAAUUCUUUGUGAUUUCACGACGGGGCGGCCGUGGCCGUGACCCUGCGGGGCACUGGGGCUCCUGGAGCCUCGGGGUGUCCUGCUUGCCACCGUUGUGGCUGCACUGGCCACCUCCGCUCCCCUAAAGCGGGUUUGGAAGGAUGCGCAGCACAUCCCGAACAGCCAGACACCUGGUAACGCCUCCUCCUUUCACCAAAUCUCCCAAAUAAACCCCCAAAAAAAGUCCACGGGGCCACCAGACGCCCCUUCCCCUGCAGCUCAGCUCCUCCACGCCCACCCCUGCAACUCAGAAAGGGUUUGAAGGGCUGAAAACUGCCGCCUCAGCCACUUCUCGGGGGUAUUGAAUGUUUUGAUGCGGUGAACAGAAAUAAGGGUUGUUGGGUGGUUUUUUUUUUGGUUUGGGUUUGGUGGGGUUUUUUUUUUCAUGUUGGAAUAUUUAUAUCUGCCUUUUGCAGCGGGCCAGGACUUACCAUCUCCAGCAAAAAUGAUUAAUGAGAAAAGAUGUAGUUCAUGAAGUUAUUUGCACUUGAUUAAAAGAAAAAAAAAUGUAUCUGAACUUUGUACAAAGAAAUGUUUGCAUUUUGUAUUGUCUUUUUUUAAUUAUUAAAUGGAAUUUCUUGG